UUCAUAGUUACAAAGACCCUCAUUGUGAUUUACAGGACUUGAUUAGAGGAUUUUUUAUAGAAGAGAAGGCCUAUUUUGUUGAAAAGAGUGUUUGUGGGCAAUUGAAGUGGAGAUCCCCGAUUUAUUGCUUGCGAAGAUGGCUUGCCAUUAUCAGUAAAAUUAUUUUACAGCUUUUUGCUGAUCGAUUACACGAAGAUAUAUCGCCGGACAAGAAAACUUCCUUAAGUCCAAAAUAACGUGAAAGGAUUUUUUAUUCUUGUUGAAAAUUGAUAAGAUGAACGUUUCAGCGUCACGAUAUACGCAUUGUAUACUUUCUCUAAUGCGAUUGACAAAUUAUAAGAGAAAACGGCUUUGAAAAAAUUAAACAUUUUGCAACUUUCAAAAAGCUUUUUGUCUGGUAAUCCUCAGAUUAUGUAAGAAUAUGGGUCCGCAAGCACAAUAUUGAAAUGCAUACCCAGUUGUGGAUCGAUUAUCCUAUAAGCACGCGGUACUGUCUGGACAACUAUACCGGUAAUGUGCUUGCGUUUUUCUGAUUGGCCUAUUUAGAUCUACAACUGGAUAUAUACUUUCCAUCUUGCUCUUUCGGACCCUUAUUCUGACGUUCCAUACUCUUGGAAGUGUUAGACUAAAAAGCUUUUAUUAUGAUUUCAAAUGUUUCAAGAGCCAUUUUCAAAUUUUGUACCGCCAAAAAGUUCUUCACAGUUUUGUAAGGGAUUUAUGGAUGAUGAAGGGAAAUACCCACGCUUGUCAUUUUAAUUUGUCUGUUCUGCUUAAAUUGUUUUGUGGUGUACCCAAACUUUCAACAGAUUCCGCCUUUCUAUAGCAGGGUUUUUUUCUUUCUGUGCCAGUUUCUAAAUCCAUUAGUAAACAGAAGAUAUCCGUUAAGCGGUCGGUAGUAUGCAUGUUGCACAGGGGAUCAGCACACGUCGGUUUUCAGGCGAUCACCUCUAUAAUCUGAAAAAAACGCUAAUAGGGCAUGACAACAUAAAAUAUUCGCACUCAGUCUUGCGAGAUGCUGUUUUUGGUAUUCCUUUCGUUUCAUCAUUUCUUAUUUCAUGUUGGUACACAAAUAAUUGCUAUCUAACUACAUUGGUAUUUAUUGGUAUCUAACAACAUUCCCGUGACCAUCUCCUUACAAAUUUCACAAUUGCAUUCAAGAACAUGAUAGUUCUAAUCUUCUUGGAGGGCAUCUAUGGAAGAAAAUUUCUCGAAACAAGCUCAAGAUUGAUCUAAAGGCUCUCUUGUGUGUUCUCUUGUGAUUUUUCCUUCUAAAAAUGUUUCUUGGAAAGCUAGUUAAAUAUGACAAAAUAAAGCCUUACUCCAAAGCAUUUGCCUAUUUUCAAGAGUAGAAGAGAGAUAAUUUGCUAUAGCAUUUAACUACUCUGCUUCUAUGCAAGGGUGGGAAGUGCAAAACUGAAAUCACGCGUGUCAAUGACUGAAAAUCAGUUCUGCAUGAAAAAAUAACUCUUUGCCAAGGGACUAAGUAAAGAGUAUCCAAACAUAGUUAUAGAAAAAAACUCUAUUAAAAUAUGAUCUAACGAAUGAAAGCGAAUCCAAAAAUUGAGAUCCAGUUUAGUAAUCGCAAAAAAGCAAUGAACAAGGCAUACACGAAAAAGAGAAGGGCAAGAGAAAGAAAAAUAAUAGCUAUAUUUGAUGUCAUCAAGGGAGGGGAGUGGAGAUCCAGGCAUGCCUUUGGCACUAAACUUAUAAAAAGAGGAGCUUGCUCGAUGAAUAGGACUGACACCCUCACAGUCUUUCAUCUUUGCUUCCAUGGUCCAACUUUCUUCGAAGAUCGGUCGUUUUCCAGCUUAAAAUGAAUUAAAAGGUUGAUACACACUUUGUGCUAUGCCAUGCCAUUAUCCCAACCUCAAGAAGCCACUGGAUCACAGUGCAAAGCUACAGCGCAGGCGCAUAUCGGUGCACGUGCACAUUUUUUAAAGGCAUGUAGUGGGCCUAGUAGUGUUAUGAUUCGAGAGCGGGAAAUGUUGACCGAAUUACGUUGUUGCAGGCGAUGAGGAAGACUUACGGACGAUGCAUGAAUUAUGCGACCUUAAUCUAAUUCAAUGGAUGAGGCAAUCGAACUGGAGGAGAAUGCAAGUUUUGAAAAGGAGACAAAAAAUGUUCAUCCUAACUGGCAUGUAGCCGGCGUUUCAGAGGAGAAUGCAAGGGACGGAAAGGAAACAGUGACUGAAAAUGGUUCUACAGACAUAGCAAAAGGGUCAGAGACAAAUGUAAAUGAUGUCAGUGAAACAGAGGACAAGAAUUGCAACAAAGAGGCAGAAAACAGGUCUGAAACAGCUGUUGAUGGUAAAAAGGAGUCUAUGCAUUGGGAUAAUAACAUUGAGAUACCAAGCAGAUCAGUGAUAGAAAUGCAUGCUGAAAAGGAAGCAGAGGGUAAGGAUGGUAAUAUUCAGAUGCAUAGAGCUCAUGCAGCUGAAAUAUGUAAAGACCUGAUUGUGCAAGUGAACAGGCUUUCACUCCAACCCAACAAGCAGAAGACUGUUUUGCGAAUAAGUCCAGCCAAUCUUCCUUCCCAACGGAAAACUCGCCCAAAGGUUAAAAGAGAUUAUAGAAAGUUUACCUGUGGCUGCAAGUUAUGCAAUACUAACAAGCAGAAUACAAAGAAAGCAGGUAACAUUGUUGAUAAUGCAUCCAUCAAGUCUGGAAUGUCAUCAGAGGAAAGCACGAAGAGUGUUGACACAACAAGCAAUGCAGAGGAGAGUAUGUCACAAACUGACAUGAGCAUCUUUAGUGUGGAUGAGAACAGCAGAAGUGAUAUGAGCGAGGCAGAAGAACAGGAAAAACAGACCGAGGAUGAAGAAGCAGAGAAAAAGAGCAAGGCUGAAGAAGCAGAGAAACAGAGCAAGGCUGAAGAAAAAGAGAAAAAAACCCAGGCAAGAAAAAUAUCUGUUCAAUCGAAGAAGAUCAGAAACCCCGAUGAGAAGCAAAAUGUAAAUCGGAAGUGGAAGAAGGGGCAACAAUACUUGGUUGAUACAGAUACAAAGGAGAUUUCAAGUUUAGAAAAUGAGCUGUGGAAUGAACAUGAUCCCUUAAACAAAAAGUGUAAUCGCCCACCUUGCGACAAGGAUCAUUUUCUUUUCUGUGCUAAGUGCAACGGCGUAUUUCAUGGUGAGUGCCCUUAUGAUGGACCGGAGACUUGGAAAAAAGACAAAGUAUUUAAUGAGAACUGUGGUCAAACACGAGCUAGAGCGACACUACCUGAUGAGCUUUACCUUGACAAGUCUUCAAUUCCGGGAGCUGGAACUGGUGUAUUUGCCAAAACUGUGAUCGAAGAGCGGGUCCGCUUUGGACCGUAUGUUGGAGAAUCUGUUAUAGAUGACCUCAUAGAAUCCGGUUAUCAAUGGGAGAUUAUAUCUCAGCAACGAGUUUCUCAUUAUGUGGACGCUGAGGACGAAACCACUUCCAACUGGAUGCGCUUCAUCAACUGCGCGCGAACAGAACCAGAGCAAAACCUCAUCGCUAUCCAAUACUGCUCACAAAUCUAUUACCGCACAUACAAGAGGAUUUAUCCGGGACAAGAAUUGCUAGUCUGGUAUGGGAAUCAGUUCGCAAAGUCCCUUGGAUUGGUUGAUAGUGCAACAGACAACCCAAAGAAUAAAAAUAGCCUCAGUGCUAUCCGUCGAAUCUGUAUGAGGUGUUUCAAAGUAUUGGAUAGUAGUUCUCGAUUGAGCAUCCACGAAAAAAGCAGCUGCUUGGGUGUUCGGCCUAAAUGUCAUACCUGUGGAAUGUUGUUUAAAAACGAAGACUUCUUAGCCAAGCAUUUGUCACUGCACGAAAAUGAUGACGGCAAAAAACACUGCAAUGCCUUCAGCAUAUUUUCACAGAGCUUGUGUCUAAUCAAUGGAUGCUAUGAAGAGUUCGCAGAUACCGAAAGCCUCGAAAAGCAUCUGCAGUUGGUGCACGAGCUAGAGCGUCUGACCUGUAAGCAGUGUAAGAAGAAAUUUAGAGAAACUUUCAAGUUGCAGUCACAUAUUUUGCAGAAGCAUGAGGGCCUACUUCCUUGGCGGUGUACCGAGUGUCAGAAGACUUUCAAAUUCUUUUGUCAAUUAGUCAGGCACCUACCAAAACAUACAGGUCUGACUGAAAAUGUCUGCCAUGAUUGUCAAAUCGUUUUUUGUUCAAAUCGGACCCUUCUAAAACACCGUGCCGUUUGCAAGAGGCAUCAGUUUCCAUAUGCCUGUUUUAGAUGCCGAAAAGCCUUUAGUAGCCAACAUGAUGCGGCCCACCAUAUCUAUAAAGAAUGCAAAUAUAGAUUUGAAGACCCUAAAGGUGAUGUUUCAAAGCACGGAAGAGGUUCAUAUUUUUGCGAUUACCCAAACUGCAGUGUAUCCACUGCUUCAUUGAAAGCGAAAAAUAGACAUUACCUUAUAACGCAUGUGAAAAACCGAGAGACGCGAAAGUUGCUUUCUAAAAACGUGGGUGGACGCUCUGUUGCGAAUAGAUAUUAUUGUAAGUACUGCAAAAUCAGUUCCGGCACUGCAAAAGCAGACUUUUAUCAUCAGAGAAAGCAUGGCAAAGAAAUGAGAUGUACCUACUGCAAUGAGAUUUGUGAUACAUACGUUGACUUUGUAAGACAUAAAAAGCACUGCAAGUUAACACUGAAAGCAGAGUCUGUCGAAGAUAUUGCUCGCGAAUGGCAUGAAAGUGAUUUGCCAACAGUACAGACUUCAAGUAACUGUCUUGUAAGUGACGGCUCUGAGGAACAGUUAAGUAUAACAGAUGAUUUUGCUGAAAGCUUUAAGGACAAUUCGGAUCCCUCCAGCUCACCACAAAGUCAAAAGAUGGAUUCGUUAUUUGGUAUUUCAGAAUUCUGUUUGUUGGGACAGACUCUCUAUGAUGAAAAAACAAACAGCAUGCCUGCAGAAAAAGGCAAGGAAACUUUUGGCGAUAUAUUUUUAGAACAAGACUCGAAUUUGUGCACCAUUCCUCUAAAAGAUGGCAGCUGCUUCCAGGACGAUUUUUGUGCGGAAAAGAAAUUAAGUGAAGCGAUUUUUUCGUGUUUACCAUCUGAUAACGAGAAUUUGGUGGAAGGAAAUAUUUUUAAUAAAUUGAUCAGCAAUUUGCUAGUGGUUGAUUGCGAAAAGACAACGAGUUCUGCUCCUCCAGAAGAAAACAAUACAACCACAUCAAGUGAAAGGGUAGAUGAUAUGGAAGAGGUUAAUGUUUUUGAAAACAAGCCAAUAAUGCGUAGUUGUGAAGAAGGAAGGUCGUUUUGUAGACUGACCAAGGGUUACAUGAAAAACUCCCAGAAAGAAUUAGCAGUAGAGUCAGAAUUGGAUGAGAAUUCAAUCACGGGUACAUUUGAAGACACCAAACAUGUGAUUGUGGAUAUGAAUUCGUCAGAGAGUAAUUGUCCGUCGUUAAGGGAUCCUGCUGAUUCGGAAUGCACAUUGAAUUGGUCAUCAAGCCACGAUGAGUGCAAAAGCCAACCAGUCACUUCCAAUUGUACAUUUGAAUUUCUAGCAGUAAGAGACAAUCCAUGUGCUGAUAAAUCUGAGGUAAGCGUUGGGUUUGACGUAUCCAUCGCGGAUUUGACUUGUGAAAUUCACAGUAUUGGUUUGGGUGCCGAUGGGGAGCGUGGCGCAUUGGUUGCACAGCUGCCUGCCAAAACUGCCCUUCUGGUUGGACAAGAGUUUGUUGCUCCUCAUUUACAAGACAAUACCAUUUUUUCACCUGUUAAGUGUUGCAAUAAAAAGGAAUUUGAAAUUUCCAAGCUCUAUUCAAGUCCAGCCAAGACACCAGAACACGAACAGAAACAACGAGGUUGUGGGCUGACGGCAACAUUAUCAAGCCUAAAUCUUAGCCCUUGUGUAAAAUCUGAUAGUUCUCAAGGGAAAGAUCUAUCUUUAGUUGUAAAGUCGGUAGAAUUGCACUCAGAUACAAGUCAAGAAUAUGACAAAGAGAUGAGCCUGUCGGAUCUAGAAGCAAUGGGGACACAGACAAAUUUUCACCGGGUUAGGAGGUACUCAGGAAGUCAGAGUGAAUCGAUUUGUGAUGGCGCAGAAAUGCUGGAAAAGUUGUUAAAUGUUGAUAGUAGUCAAGAAACUUCAGAAGUUGUUCCAGAACACGAACCCCGAGAUUGCUCUCCAGCUCAAAAUAGUGUGAGCUCAGUAGCCUUGUCUGAUAAUGAAACAAGUUUUUGUUCUGUGCAGAGAGAAAGCAAUUCAACGAAGGAGACCAGAAUAGUUUCAAAGAAGUUAUAUUGUUCUUCGGAAGAAAGCAUUGUGUCUGAUCAUGGAAACUCUGUUUCUGAAGUAAACAAUAAUCACUUUAAUCCCGAAAAAUCGGCACAAGACGGCAUUUUAACUGGGGAACAUGAAGAGUCAAGGAAUGUAGCGAUAGUUAGAGGAGACGGGCUGUCUUUGCUUGAUGCAAAAUGCCUCCUUAGUGGUGACAAGAAACCAUCACUUGCUUUCCACAGUGAAAUUACUGCUUCACAUGAAAAAGAUUUAUUGAAUAAAGGAAAAGAAAGUGUAGAGACUGAUGAAGGGAACACCCUAGGUCAAGAUUCAGCAGUAUGUGAGAAUUCGCUAUGUCGGUCAGAAUGUCAAGGAGAUGAAUUUAUGACGAGGUCCAUUGACGGAGAAAAAGGGAAAUGUCUUUCCAGUAUUGAAAAUGAUUCUGCAUUCAAAGACGUAGAAAGAGCUUGUGCAGCAGAGUCAAUUGAAUUAAGGAAUCUUAAGAAAACAGGCGAAGAGUUUUCUCAGCUGGUUGAAAUGGAUGAAGGGAUGGGUCAGGGCAAAGAAAAUGCUUCAGACGAAUCUGUUAAAAGAGAAAUAUUGUUUGAAAAACCAAAUCUGACAUCGACAAAGAUGCAAGGUGUUUUGAAAGGUGCUGAUGAAGACAGCCGCUUGAGCGUUUCUGAAAAGCAGGAAUCUAGCUGCUCAGUUGAAGUAGAGUUUGAUGAUUCUUCUGAUUGUGAUGAUAAACUCGAUGAAGAAAUUUCAGAUUUUCUUCAGCAGUACUUAGAAGAAGAGAAACACAGGAAGAAAAUUACCACAGAAAUUCCAUCGAAUGAACUUGGAUUUGAUCUUACAAAAACCCCUGUGGUGUUAAAUAGACAAGCUGAUUGUACUGGAAAAGGACAUGAGUGCCAGAUGUCUACUGAUUUUGCUUUUAAAAGUCAGGACUUUCCGAAAAUAUGCCUUCCGGGGUAUAAAUCUGGUACCAAGGUAUCUUUGACUAACAGUAAGAGUGAUGCAGUUGCCACGGAGAAAAUGGUGUCCAAUGAAGAGUAUACUGAUGCCAAAACCAGAGGAAAAAUUUCUCUGGAUAUGCUUGUCAAAACAUCGCAAUUCAACAAUCAGGUGUCUACAUCAAGUGAGGCAAAGGACCUCCAAGAUGUAUGCAAUUGCGAGGAAUUGGAUGUCUUAUAUACGGAAUGGAUGGCUGGGGAGCCAAAAGCUGGCCUUUUUCAAACAGACCCAAAGAAGUACAAGUCAUUCAUGAACUGGCUUGGUGGUGGUAAAAAUGAAGAGACAGUUGUCACAGCGAGGAGAAACUCUCUUGCUGCCAAAGAUUGUGCUUAUCUCAGCUACAAAGAUUCUGAACUAUCAAGUGAUGAGAUACGGUUGCGGCUGCGGCAAAAAGGAAACAACAACUUUGAGACUGAUCUCAGCGUGAGGCCGCAAGGGGGAAUCCACAACUCAUUUUCGCCAGCAAAGAUGACAGCAGUUUGUAAAACUGGCUUUAGGGAUGCCGCGAUUGCAACUAACCCUAACUCAUUAGAUAGUGAAAAUUUGAGACUAGGAUCGUCUGAUUUAUCAACCAGUUCAGGGCUUACAAAAGAAUCAAGUACGGACUCCCACAACCCUUUUUCUGGCAUUGGUCUGUUACCAAGAAGUUCAGCUACGGUUUGCAAGUCUGUUUCCUCAAAUAACUGUUACGACCGCGACAGAAGAUGCCUGAAGCUAUCAAAUCAAGUCGAGAAAAAUGGCGGUGAUUUACAGAACAAUGAACAAAGCUGGAAGAGCAUCUUGUCAUCCAUGGAAACACCUUUACUAAAUGAAUCACAGCUUAAACUUCUUCCAUCUUCAAAAACAGUGUCAGAGAGUCGGCCACAGACAGCUAAGGAGAAAGUGAUAGAUGAAUGGAAAGCUCAUCAUAUUGAGAGAACGGUAAUACAUGAUACAAAAAAGGCAGCUAAAAUUCGCAAAAGACGGGAGCAGCCAAAAGUCGUGAAUGAAAACAUUUUUACAUUCCAUAAAGUCCCCAGUUUGACCGCGAAAAGAAAAUUGUCGAAUGGCGAUAAAUUAACUGACUCAAAGCCACCAAAAUUACGCUGUAGAGGAUUAUCAGGUAAUGAUCAGGCAAUGGAAGGUGAGAAAGAAGCGGCUGCUGAAACACAGAACUGCAAGAAAGAGUUUGAGACUCAUGCUAUAGAAAUUGUUGUCAAGGAUUGCCCGAUAGAGGAGCACACAUGCAGAAAACGAAAGAAUGACGAUUUGGAAGGCAAGAGCGAAAUAGAGAAGAAAAGGAGCAAGACGGAUCCUUGUGUCGACAUGAAGAUACCCUCCUUAAAUGAUGGUCUUGCUGUUGAGACAGCGCCAAUUGCUAGGAACAGAAUGCCGAGUGCUGGAAUGAAUUGCAUUUCCUCAGAAGAUUCAAGUGUCGGUUUUAAUCACGAUUUGCUGAACUGCUAUGACGUCACUCUUAAUGCAACUCCUAUUGAGAAUAAUAUCCAGUCGCCAAUAUACUUAGAAGAUUUCACUCAAACACCAUAUUUGGAGUCAAAAUUAGAUGAAUCUCUUCGAAAUGCAGAUGACUUUUUCGCGAAGACAAUGCACAAAUUUGAGCCUCAUGUGUUGAGAAGUAAACCAAGUGCUUCCUUUCACAAAACAACUACAAUUUGUUACAAAACUUUGAAAAGUUGCAGCUCAGGCACAUCAGACGGAGGUCCAUCUAUCGAAGUUAAGAUAACAGCACACCACCCUAAGGUUGAUCAAAGUUCUGACAGCGAAUGCUCGACUAGCAGUAACGAUAUUGAUGUGGAAAAUGAAAUAAAGAAAAUACUUCGACGUAAAUUGGCUUUAGAGCGGCAGAUAAAGGACAUAAAGCAAAGACUAGCCACCAAAAAAAGAAACAAACUGAAACGUGCUAAACUGAUGAAGAAAUCAGCCAGGUUAAAGAAAACUGGAAGUCGCCGGUUGAAAGGACGUUCGUUUGUUAUUACCAGUGGAAUGCGUAAGGGCAGAUUGGCACUUAAGGACAUUUCAUCCACUGUUUUGCAUCAUUUGAAAAAUCCAAGAAACAAGGCGAAAGUUCUUGAAGCAAUCAAGGACUUCGAAGAUAGCAAAUUGCGAGUACAGAUGCAAAGACUGCUACCGAUUGGGGAUUUGCCAGCAAAAGAUUUUCAUGAACAGGAAUGGUACUGUCAUCAUUGUUCGAAUUUUUCUAAGCUGAAACCAUUUUCUAUCUAUGUAAAUAAAUGUAGGCCAGCUCCACGCAGCUAGUUUUGCUUCGUUGUUUAGAUUUUAUGGCAUAUCGUCUUUUGUAUUUGAAUCUAUAAACAAAGAAUUUAUGAAAUCGCUAGAUUAUUUUAUACAAAGAGUAACAAUAUCGGUGUAAGCAAACUUUCGUUCCCAAAAAUCGCAACUAAUUUGAAUAAAGGCAGUUAGAAAAUUAUCUUUCUUCAUAGAAGUAACCUGGUUGUAAAAAAUUAUUGGACCACGAAAUCAAAUAAGACUCCGAAAGAUCUGGCAACUUACCUUGGAAGAUCAUCUUCAGGCUAUUUUAAAGAUUUGUUACUGUUUAGGUAUUUCAUGGCUGAGAUUCGAACGUGGUUGUUGCUCGAAUUAUCUAAUGGGAGGUUAAUCAUGAACAUUGCAAAGACGAUGUUGAAAAAAGUUAUUACUUGUAGAACCCCUGUUAUGCUAUGGAAGUCUCAUUAUAUUCUUGUUUUGAGUUCACAGAUCAAUAACAAUUAUUCAUAGCAAUUUGAUUUUUUAUCAAGGCAAUCAUUAACUGUACAACUCCUGAAAUGAUUUACACGUGUAAUUUGCGUUACUGUAGUCAAUUUUCUAACUGGAUAUAUUGGGAGAUGCUUGGCACAAGUUUUUUCGGAAUUUUUAUUUUUACCUUGGCCUUUUUAAGAUAUGCUUGAUUGUAUUUAUAAAUGUUUUGUUAUGCAAAAAUUGAUGUUCUGUUCUAUUUAGAAAAAAAGAAAAACGCAAAUAUU